AUGGCCACGCCGUCGAUCCAAAACUGCCGCAUCCUCGCCGCAGCGCCCACCACCGCACGCGGCCAGCCCACCCAGCUCUCGGCUGACUCCAAGGGCCAGCGGAUAGCCUACGCGUCUGGCAAGUCCAUCUUUGUCCGCUCAAUCGACAACCCGGCCGACUGCAAAGAGUACACAGGCCACAACGCUCCCACGACCGUCGCCCGAUUUGCCCCCAAUGGCCUCAAGGUAGCAAGCGGUGAUGCCAGCGGCGUCCUCCGCGUCUGGGAGCCCGAGAGCAUCGAAAGCACCAGAGGCGAAUACGCCAUCAUCUCGGGGCGCCUCAACGACAUUGCCUGGGACGGAGAGUCGCAGCGUGUCAUCGCUGUCGGCGACGGCAAGGAGCACUUUGGCCGCUGCAUCACCGCCGACAGCGGCAACUCGGUGGGCGAAAUCAUCGGGCACUCAAAGGCUGUCAAUGCCGUGGCCAUGAAAGCCCAGCGCCCCUUUCGCGCCGCCACUGUCGGCGACGAUGGAAACAUGGUCUUUUACCACGGCGCCCCCUACAAAUUCAACGACAAGAGCACCCUCCACAGAGGCUUCGUCCUCGGAGCCGCCUACUCGCCCGACGGCAACACCCUCGUCACCGUCGGCGCCGAUAAGCGGAUAGAGCUUUACGAUGGCAAGACGGGCCAGCCGACGGCCCAAGUCGGCGAGGGCGAGCACACGGGCAGCAUCUUUUCCGUCUCGUGGUCGCACGACGGUAGGAGCUUCGCCACGGCCAGCGCCGACCAGACUGUCAAGCUGUGGGACGCCGAGGCGCGCACCCUCAUCCAGACCUGGAAGUUUGGCGACGGCGUCAGCGUCCGUGACCAGCAGGUCGGCGUCGUCGUCCCUCACGGUCGGAGUGACGGCCUGAUCAUCAGCGUGAACCUCGACGGCGAGCUUACAUAUCUGACCCAAGGAAAGCCCGAACCCGUCAGGAUCGUCAAAGGACAUGAUAAAGGCAUUACGGCCAUGACCGCGUCCUCUGAUGGCCAAGGCCGCGUCGUGUGGACCGGAAGCUUCGAUGGUCGGGUUUGCUGCUGGGAUGUCGACUCUGGACUCGCCACCGUCGUUGACGGCGAGCCCCACAAGAACCAGGUCGCGCAGCUCACGGCGCAAUCGGGCAAGGUCUACAGUGCUAGCUGGGACGAUACGGUCAAGGUUGCCGACGAGUCCGCCAAGACGUUUCUGGGCCAGGCCGUUAAGCUGUCCUCGCAGCCAAAGGGCGCAAGCGCGUUAGACGGCAUCCUCUACGUCACCACCGUCUCCGGCGUCGCAGCCUAUGCCGACGGCAAGCUGCUGAAAGAGACCGCCUUUGGCAGCGCCCCGGAAGCCAUUGCGACCUCUGGCUCCUUUGUGGCUGUCGGAGCAGACCAGAACUCGGUGCGUAUUUACAGGGCUGAUUCCAGCGGGAACCUGGACCAAGUCAAGUCCAUACCGAACCCCACCGGGGCCAUCUCCGCCCUUGCCUUCUCCAAGGAUGGCUCGCACCUUGCUGCGGGCAACGGCGCCGGCAAGAUUUAUGUGUACAAUACGGGCACAUGGGACCUCGUUGCGGACCGCUGGUCGGCACACACGGCUCGCGUCACCUGCAUAUCCUGGGACGACAGCGGCGCCUACGCAGCCAGCGGGAGCCUCGACACCAACGUCUUUGUCUGGUGCCUGGAAAAGAAGAACCAAGGAAAGCGGAUCAAGGCUGCCAACGCGCACAAGGACGGCGUCAGCGGCAUCUGCUGGGUCCAGGGAGGCAGGCUCGCUAGUGCCGGAGUGGACGCGACAGUCAAGAUCUGGGAGGCGCGAAACUUGCCGUGA